GGUCAGACUUCCUCGCCACGGAGCUUUUUUUUGCGGUGACGACUUUUCUGGCCGCUGGCUUCAUUGAUGCGCAUUUGCUGGAAUGCUGUUGAAAGAUGAGGCAGCCGUGUGCGAAUGUUGCAGAACACCGGUAGAGGACUACUUGCCUUGCUGUUGAUGGUGUUGGAGUGGACCUGCCCAAGCCUCCCAUCCCCACUGAGGCCCAUCUGCGACCGGAGGGUCCUGAACCAUUUCAUCAAAGAAGCCAAAGACGCCCAAGUCGCCAUGAAUUCCUGCCGGGAUGGAUGCACCCUUUCCCAGUCCGUCAGCAUUCCCCAAACUGCAAUCGACUUUGACGUCUGGGAGAGGAAAAAUGCCGCCGAGAAAGCUCAGGAAGUGCAGUGCGGCCUGUGGCUUCUGCAGCAGGCCCUCAGCUUGCUGCGCGGCUCCGUCACCAACGCGGCGCUGCACACUCACAUCGACAACUUGGUGAGGAACGUGCUCAGCGUCAAAGCCGUGCUACGCAGCCUCAACAUCCCGGACUACGCGCCUCCGGCGAGCUCGGCGGGCUCGGAGAACACAUGGCGGGCGUCCACGGCGGCCGAAUUGCUCCAAGCGUACGUUAACUUCCUGCGCGGCAAAGUGCACCACCUUCUCACAGACGCGCAGGCCUGUCAGCAAGACGUCAGCUGAUCGACCCGUCUCCCCACUCUGAGCUUUAGCCGCUUUGGGCCAAGGCGAGAGAAAGGCCUUCCCUCUGUUGACCUACUUGCUAGCUGCUAGACGUGGUGUGGAAUUAAGAAAAGAAAAAAAACCACAACGCCCGCAACCAUUUUAUUUUAUUUUUUUUAACUAAGCUAAAUGAGGGCAAAGAACAGUCAGAGCUGGCGAGAUCGGCACCUUGAAAUGUCCUCGCGGACAUCCGCUGACCACAAUACUGCUUUUUGGAAGAAGCACUUUUGUGUAUGUGCCAGUUAGGACUGCACGCGGGUGUGUUUGUCUCUUCCCUGACAGUUUAACCUUUCGAAAGUGAAAUACGGAACGGGAACCCAAAGAAUAAUUCUCUUCAAAACGUGAACGAGGCCUUCACACGUAUUUCGUCUCGUGUUUAUUUUUACUCAGUGACCGUGUUGCGUAUGUUUUUUUUUUUGUUGUAAACAUUGCAUAAUGACUAUUUAUACAGAUUUUCUACUUUUGAGCUUUGUAUUUUUCAACGUUUAUCUUUUGCGUGGUCGACAGACGUUUGGAAAAGCCACCGUUUGCUUCGCGCCAUCGCAUUCUUUCAAAGUGAAGAUGCGGUCGACGGGGUAGCCAGAGUUCAUUGAGGAGCACAUGAGAACUUUGAAAAUGCUCCGUCAUUAUCUGUCUAACAAACAAUCAGGCAGAGUCUGCCCAGUGAUAGCCUGCUAAAAGAAACAAAAACAUCCUGCGAGUUAACCCAUGCCUUGUACGAGCGGGAAAGCAGUCUAUCCCUAGAAUCUGCGUCAUUUAGGCAAAAUGGAUGGUCAGCUGUUCCAAACCGGUCGACAUUUCUUCCUUGUUGUUUUCCUCAUUUUUUGACUUGUUGCGCAAGUGUGAGAUGCUUUUUGAGGAUGUUUGCACGUUUUCCUUUCCUGUUUUCACAUUACCAGUCCAAUCACUGUAAAAGUUGCUAUUUAAAUACAAAAUAUUAUUCUUGGAUAAAGAAAUGAAAGAAACAC